CCAAAUUUGUAGCCGCCGUCACCAGUCAAUGCAUUUCCCUCUCUCGUAAACAAAUAAAAAAAAUUACAUAAAACUCCCUCAGAUUCCCACUCCCGCUUUCAUCCCUUCUCUAAAAACCCCCAGACCCUAGUGUACUCUCCUAUCGAUUGUGAGAGACCUAGGGUUUUGGUUUGAAGGCUCUCUUCUCUCGUUGACUAAUCCCGAUGGAUUCUCAAAUCCUCGUCGCUCUCGGUCUCUCCCUCGUCGGCGGGCUCAGCACUUCAAUCGGUGCACUUUUUGUGGUUCUUAAUCGUGCUCCCAAUCUCAAGUCACUUGGUCUUCUGCAGGGUUUUGCUGCUGGCCUCAUGCUGAGCAUAUCAUUUUUAGACUUGGCUCAUAAUGCUAUGAACUCUAUUGGCUUCCUUAAGGGCAAUAUUUGGUUCUAUGCAGGAGUAAUUUCCUUUGCAAUUAUAGUUAAUUUUAUACCAGAACCUUCACUUGUUCCGGUAUCAGAUGUGGACGAAAAAAGGAAAGAUGAUGAUGGCUCAGGUAAAGACCCCAUGAAAAAGCAUCGCCGGCAAGUCUUAUUUAGCGGAAUUAUAACUGCAGUUGGUAUCAGUUUGCACAACUUUCCUGAGGGAAUGGCAGUGUUUCUUGGUUCAGUGAAGGGACUUCGUGUUGGCAUUAAUUUGGCUCUGGCUAUUGCAUUGCACAAUAUUCCAGAGGGUGUUGCUGUAGCCCUUCCUGUCUAUUUUGCCACUCAAAGUAAAUGGCAGGCGUUCAAACUGGCAACACUUUCUGGUUUUGCUGAGCCAUUAGGUGUAAUUAUUGUAGCUUACCUCUUCCCAAGCAGUCUAAGUCCUGAAAUUCUUGAAGGUUUACUUGGAUCAGUUGGUGGUGUGAUGGCUUUUCUAACUUUACACGAAAUGCUACCUCUAGCAUUUGACUAUGCUGGCCAAAAGCAAGCUGUUAAAGCAGUCUUCUUUGGGAUGGCUUUUAUGUCAGCAAGCUUGUACUUUCUAGAAAUCAGCUUGCCGAAGGAGAUGAGCCUGUAAGGUUGGAUGGUUUGUCAAUUAAUGUUGCAGAUAUAUGCUUUGUACACUUACAGAAACUAGACAGGUUCUUCUCUAUCUUAUGUCUAGAAGUUGUAAUCUGUACAUUAAUCUAGAAUAAAAGAAAAAAAUUCCGGAUUUUAUAUUUUC